AUGGCUAGUUGGUUUACUACUCUGGAUCCAUCUCUCACAUCUUCCUCUUUUGGUCAUCGACGAUGCCGAGAUUAAGACGGUCCCAAAAUCUCUCCCUCCUAGUUUGGUUUGUGUUCAUGUCAGCUCUUUUUCAUGUGGUUCGACCACAGAACCGAACCAGAGCCACUACUGACCCCGACGAAGCUCGGGCGUUGAACAAUAUCUUUCGGACGUGGAAGAUAACGGCGACGAAGGACUGGAACAUAAGCGGCGAACUAUGCAGCGGAGCCGCCAUAGACGACAGUGUCAGCAUCGACAAUUUAGCUUUCAAUCCUCUCAUCAAAUGCGACUGCACUUUUGUCGAUUCCACUAUCUGCCGCAUCGUGUCUCUGAGAGCUAACGGUAUGGAUGUUGCGGGACCAAUUCCUGAUGACCUCUGGACUCUUGUUUACAUCUCAAAUCUGAACCUACAUCAGAAUUUCUUGAGUGGUCCUCUGUCUCCUGGCAUUGGAAAUCUGACUCAAAUGCAGUGGAUGACUUUUGGGGCCAAUGCAUUGUCCGGACCAGUUCCCAAAGAAAUUGGACUGCUUACUGAUUUAAGAUCAUUAGCGAUUGAUAUGAAUAAUUUCUCUGGUUCUCUACCACCUGAGAUUGGCGAUUGCAAGAGGCUAGUGAAAAUAUACAUUGGAAGUUCAGGACUUAGUGGUGAAAUUCCUUCAUCAUUUGCUAAUUUGGUGAACUUGGAAGAAGCUUGGAUUAAUGAUAUCCAACUUACAGGUCAGAUACCAGAUUUUAUAGGAAGUUGGACCAAACUUACUACCCUGAGAAUUCUGGGGACUAGUUUGAGUGGUCCAAUUCCAUCUACAUUUGCGAACUUAACUUCAUUGACAGAAUUGAGACUAGGUGAAAUAAGUAAUAGCAACUCUUCUCUUCAAUUCAUCCGAGAAAUGAAAUCUAUAAGUGUCCUAGUAUUAAGGAACAAUAAUCUCACAGGCACAAUACCAUCCGAUAUUGGAGAUUACUUGUGGCUACGACAACUUGAUUUGAGUUUUAACAAGCUAACUGGGCAAAUUCCAGCUUCGCUUUUCAACUCAAGACAGCUUACUCACUUGUUUCUUGGAAAUAACAAGCUAAAUGGAUCCUUACCGGCUCAAAAGAGUUCAUCUCUUAGUAAUAUAGAUGUGUCAUACAAUGAUUUAGCAGGGGAUCUUCCUUCUUGGGUUCGCCUACCAAACAUGCAACUUAACCUGAUUGCCAACCACUUCACCUUGGGAGGUUCUAACAGAAGGGCUUUCCCCGGACUGAACUGCCUCCAGAAGAAUUUCCGCUGCAAUCGAGGAAAAGGAGUAUAUUUCAACUUUUUCGUCAAUUGUGGAGGCCGGGAUAUCAGGUCUAAUGGUGGAGCUAUGUAUGAAAAGGACGAGGGGGCACUUGGACCAUCUACAUUUUUCGUAAGUAAAACACAGAGAUGGGCAGUCAGCAAUGUAGGACUAUUUACUGGGAGUAACAGUAAUCAAUACAUAGAUCAUUCAGCUACACCAUUUGCGAACACUUCAGACUCAGAGCUUUUCCAAUCAGCAAGACUCUCUGCAUCUUCUUUAAGGUAUUACGGACUGGGGCUAGAAAAUGGAGGCUAUAGUAUAACAGUUCAGUUUGCUGAGAUACAAAUACAAGGUUCUAAUACCUGGAAAAGUCUUGGAAGGCGAGUUUUCGACAUUUAUGUCCAGGGAAAACUUGUUGAAAAGGAUUUUGACAUGCAGAGAGCAUCUAACAGCUCUAGUAUCCGAGUAAUUCAAAGAGUUUAUAAAGCAAAUGUAUCUGAAAAUUACCUUGAAAUUCAUCUUUUCUGGGCUGGAAAAGGGACAUGCUGUAUUCCGGCUCAAGGCACUUAUGGGCCGUUAGUCUCAGCUAUCAGUGCCACUCCAGAUUUCAUACCCACUGUAAAAAAUAAGUUGCCCUCGAAAUCCAAGAAAAAAAUUGGUAUCAUUAUAGGGGUCAUUGUAGGAGCAGGAAUGUUAAGUAUCUUGGUGAUUGCUAUCAUCUUAUUCAUCCGUAGGAAAAGAAAAAGGGCAGCUGAUGAAGAAGUGCUACACAGUCUGCACAUAAGGCCCUACACCUUUAGUUACUCAGAACUCAAAACUGCAACUCAAGAUUUUGAUCCUUCCAACAAGCUUGGGGAGGGAGGAUUUGGACCAGUUUUUAAGGGAAAACUGAAUGACGGAAGAGAGAUAGCCGUAAAGCAAUUGUCAGUUGCAUCCAGGCAAGGAAAGGGUCAGUUUGUUGCGGAGAUUGCCACUAUAUCAGCUGUUCAGCAUCGCAACCUUGUAAAACUGUAUGGAUGCUGUAUUGAGGGAAAUCAGCGCAUGCUUGUAUAUGAAUAUCUCUCAAACAACAGUCUAGAUCAAGCUCUUUUUGAGGAUAAGAGUUUGCAGCUUGGCUGGUCACAACGUUUUGAGAUAUGCUUGGGAGUAGCAAAAGGUUUAGCAUAUAUGCAUGAAGAGUCAAAUCCCCGUAUAGUGCAUAGGGAUGUGAAGGCAAGCAAUAUUCUUCUAGACUCGGAUCUGGUCCCGAAACUCUCUGAUUUUGGGUUGGCCAAACUUUAUGAUGAUAAGAAGACGCACAUAAGUACCCGAGUUGCAGGGACAAUUGGAUAUCUAUCACCAGAGUACGUGAUGCUUGGACAUCUAACAGAGAAGACAGAUGUGUUUGCCUUUGGUAUUGUGGCUCUGGAAGUUGUAAGCGGAAGGCCUAACUCUUCUCCAGAAUUGGAUGAUGACAAACAGUACCUUCUCGAAUGGGCAUGGAGCCUACAUCAAGAGCAGCGUGACUUGGAAAUAGUGGAUCCGGAUCUAACAUCAUUUGACGAGGAAGAAGUGAAACGUCUAGUAGGAGUUGCGUUCUUGUGCACACAAACAGAUCAUGCAAUUCGGCCAACAAUGUCCCGAGUGGUGGGUAUGUUGACAGGCGAUGUGGAGAUAACAGAAGCCAAUGCGAAGCCAGGGUACGUCUCUGAGAGAACAUUCGAGAAUGCCAUGAGCUUCAUGAGUGGUUCAACGAGCUCGAGCUGGAUAUUGCCUGAAACUCCAAAGGAUCCUUCCAAGUCUCAAGUCGAAGGUGGACGACGACAUGAAACUUGAAAACUUGUGGUUUCUGUUACAUUUGGUUUAUAAAGCUUACAUUGUAAAAAUGUCAAUACGACCAGACCAGACCAACGGCAGACCUUGUCUGACCAAAAUUAAGUAAUUUGAAAUUACAUGAGAUGCGACUGUUUCUCCUGAAAA